CACACACAUACACACACACACGCACACACACACACACUAGCCUACAGAUAAAUCAAUGUUGUCAAUGUGACUGUACAGUUAAACAUAUAUAAACUUUGUUUUAUUGCAAAUAAUCUGACCACAUGCUAAGUGUCACAUGCUAAUGUGUCUCAUUCCGCUAAGUUCUAAAUGGAGGAGGAAAGCUGAACUGUCAACCUACUUAGACAUAAAAACAAACUGAACAAAACAAACAAACAAACAAACAAAAACAUAUUAACAAUAUAACUGGACUUCUACACACUGCAAAUACAAUAAGCAAAGACUUGCAAGAAAAAAAAACAAGGAACAGAAAGUGAGAGCAGAACCGUUUUCUUCGAAUAUCUGCUAUGAUCAUGAGGCAUCUGUUAUUAGUCCUAUUUGCUGCACUAAAACAGGAUAUGAUGAUCUUGACUAAUGGAAUGGAUUGAAAAAGUAAAACCUUAAAAGUGGAAGCGCAGAGCAGCACAGUCAACUCUAGAAAAAACAUUAAUAAUCUCAAAUUUAACAUCAGCAAACCCAAAAUGUCUUAUUACGGCAAUAUGGAUAUUCACGAAACACACAAAAUGAAGAGAGAGGAGGAAGAGGAGAUGGAAAUUUAUGCUAACGCAGAUCCAAACAACAGUUCUGAUGUUUGGACAGAAACGGACAACUCGGUUACCAGAUGCAAGAAACUCCAACACACAGGAAGUUAUUCUGUGAGGAUCAAAAACUCCAGAGCAGCUCCAGUGUGUUUGGUGCUACUGUGUUUUCUUCUGCUAACUGUAGUCAUGGUGUUAAGUGUCAUCAUCUAUACAAACAACACAAACUACACUGAAGAGAGACACCAGCUACUAACAAACAUCACCAACCUCACAGAAGACAGAGACACACUGCUAACUAAGAUCACCAACCUCACAGAAGACCAAAAUCAGCUACAUGCCAAGAACAUAAGACUUACUCAAGAGAAAGAUGAAUUAUUGUCAAAUGAACAAGACCUGAUUAAACAAAGAGACCACCUAAAUCAAGAAAAGAAUGAACUGUUAAAAAUGGAAUGGAUUUACUACCGUUCCAAUCUUUACUACUUUUUCAAGUUGAAAAAAAGCUGGACUGAGAGCAGAAGAUACUGUAGAAACCAUGGAGCAGAUCUGGUCAUCAUAAACAAUAGAGAAGAGCAAGAUUUUGUUGAUAAAAUAACUGCUGGUGAGAAAGCCUGGAUUGGUCUGUCUGACAGUGAUGUGGAGGGCAGUUGGAAAUGGGUUGAUGACAGCAAACCAACCUCUUGGAUCUGGCAUUAUGGAGAACCUAGUAGUGGUGGAGGACAAGUGGAAGAAGACUGUGUUCUAACUGUUACAUCAGCAUGGGCUGAUUACCCAUGCGAUGCUGAAUUUCAAUGGAUCUGUGAGAAGAGAGUUUUUAAAUAACCAUUUUCAUAUUUAUUGUCACCUCUUUUUUCGCUAUUUCUGUUUAUUCUGUUGGCAAAACCUCUCGUUAAAAUCAUCUGAUGCUGAAAUCUUAAUCCAUGUAUUAAUCAUGUCACAUCUGGAUUACUGCAAUCCUAUUGUUUUGGUCUGCCUAAAAAAAACGUAUUGCCAGGAUGCAGUGUUUAAAACUCAGCAGCAAGAGUUCUCAUUUCUGCUCACAUUACUCCACUACUGUACAAGCAUCACUGGAUGAAAUGUACUGCCUCUUACACUUAGAAAUAUUAGAUUUGUCUACUUUUAAUGCAUAUUUUUAAUUUGUAUUUUGUAUAAUGUAGCUUCACCGGCCGUAUAUGUAUGUUGUCCAUGUGAAUGUGCAAUUUGUUAAGUGAUCUUAAGCAAUGGGCACUACAGUGUGUAAAUAAAACUCGAGCUGUUGGUUUUUGUGAUGGAUUAAAUGAAUGCACUGGACUUUCAGUAAUCUAGCUCAAUCAAUUAUAGUAAACUGUCAUGCCAUAAUAAAAUCACCUUGUUUUAAGAUCUGUUUUCCUUAAAAUCAAUGAUCUUCACUGCCUGAUUGAAAUACUUUAU